CGCCGGGCUCAGUACACAGUCAGUCGCACCGCGGCUGACGAACGGCAGUCACAAGUCACGCGACGCAAGGUGAGGUGCCGAGAAAACACGAGCACAAAUUAGGCACAGCCCUACAGCCUCCGUUGCUUUAUCCGGAAGAACGAGUCCCGUCUCCAUGAGUGGAGACGCUGAGUACAUCACGAGUAACUACAACAUGAGGAAUAAUUCCAAGCCAUCAUUUUGGGCGCAGAGAAGUAGGCUCGAGAAGAGGCUUUUACUAUGUCUGGGCGUGAUAUCUGUCCUAGCUGUAGCUUUUCUCGCAGCAUUCCUCGCCACCGCCCUAAUGAAGACAUCGACUGAUGUUAAUGACAUGCCACAGACUAGCGAAUUGCGACUUUCACCGUCCAUGCCACCCGCAGUCAUCUCAAAGGACUACAAUUUAUGUACUUCUCCUGGCUGCAUCCAUACAGCAUCUAAGCUACUAAUCAAUAUGGACGACAAAACGGAUCCUUGCGACGAUUUCUACGACUUUGCCUGCGGUUCAUUCGUAAAGAAUACGAGGAUUCCUGACGACAAGACUUCGGUGAAUACCUUCUCCAUCAUCACAGAUCAGCUUCAGGAACAAAUACGGGCCUUACUAGAUGAACCGAUCUCUGAAAAUGAACCACGGCCAUUCGUUCUAGCAAAAACUUUGUACCAGGCUUGCAUGAACAGAACUGCUAUUGAGGCCAGAGGAGUCCAGCCUUUACUCGAAAUGCUUCUUCGACUCGGAGGAUGGCCAGUUCUACAAGGUGACACCUGGAAUGAGCGCUCAUUCUCCUGGGAGGAAUCCGUAUACCGCUUCAGGGAAGCUGGUUACUCUGUGGACUACUUUCUCGAUUUCUCUAUCAGCGUUGAUGUGAAGAACUCAACCAAGCGAAUCAUUGAUCUGGAUCAAGCAUCAUUGGGCUUAAGCCGGGAAUACUUAAAUCGCGGUUUUAGCGAUAAGCUAGUGCAGGCCUACUAUGAAUAUAUGGUUGAUAUCGCCACUCUAUUAGGAGCUGAACGAGCCAAGGCCGAAGUUGAACUUAAAGAAUCUCUCCAGUUUGAAAUGAAACUUGCUAAUAUAUCCUUGCCAUUGGAAAAGAGACGUAACGCCACCAGUCUUUACAAUCCGAUGACUAUUGCUGAGCUGCAGCAAAAGUUUCCGAGGAUCCCAUGGCUGGCAUACAUCAACCGACUCCUGUCUCCACACGUACAAGUGGGCUUAGAUGAAGUAACCAUCGUGAACGUACCUAAAUAUAUAACUGAUCUUGAGGACUUAUUAGAGAAGACUCCGAAGCGUGUGCAAGCGAACUACGUGAUGUGGCGAGUAGCCGGGGCAUCGGUCUCCUACUUGACGGAGGAUCUGCGUCGAAGGCAGCUAGCUUACGUCACUGCGCUGUCCGGGAAGACUGAGAGAGAGAGCCGUUGGAAGGAGUGUGCUGAUACGACCAGUGUUAGUAUGUCCAUCGCUGUAGGAGCUUUGUACAUAAGAAAAUAUUUCAACGAAAACUCCAAGUCCAACGCUUUAGAAAUGGUGAAUGACAUCAGACAACAAUUCCGAAAGACUUUGGAGACUGUUGAUUGGAUGGAUGAAAAGACUCGUCGUGAAGCUUUAGAGAAAGCAGACGCUAUGGCUUCACACAUCGCCUAUCCCAGUGAGAUGCUUGACAACGAUAAACUCACCGAAUUCUACUCUGGGCUGGAGAUGUCGUCCGACAAGCUGAUGGAGUCGGUUCUGAAUCUCACGCUCUUCGGAACUGAAUAUUUGUUUGGUAAACUUCGGGAGCCUGUCAACAAGACCGACUGGGUGACGCACGGCCGACCCGCCAUCGUUAAUGCUUUCUAUUCUUCUAUAGAAAACAGUAUUCAGUUCCCGGCCGGUAUUCUCCAAGGGGCGUUCUUUUCUGCAAACCGUCCCGCUUAUAUGAAUUACGGUGCUAUUGGAUUCGUUAUUGGACACGAAAUAACCCAUGGAUUUGAUGACCAGGGCCGUCAAUUUGACAAAAAUGGCAACUUGGUAGACUGGUGGCAAGAAACUACCAAACAAAAAUAUUUGGAAAAAGCAAAAUGUAUUAUAGACCAGUAUUUCAACUAUACUGUAAAGGAAGUGAAUAUGAAGCUGAACGGAGUGAACACACAAGGAGAAAACAUUGCUGAUAACGGGGGCAUUAAAGAAGCCUAUUAUGCGUACCAAGCUUGGACACAAAGACACGGAGAAGAAGCGCGUUUACCAGGUCUAGAAAAGUAUAGUGCGCGCCAGUUGUUCUGGAUGAGCGCAGCCAAUACUUGGUGUUCAGUUUACCGCAAUGAGGCUAUCAAACUUCGUAUAACUACUGGUUUCCACGCGCCCGGUCGCUUCCGUGUUAUAGGCCCCAUGUCCAAUAUGGAAGAAUUUGCGGCAGACUUCAAGUGCCCGGCCGGUUCACCGAUGAACCCAGUCAAAAAGUGCAAAGUGUGGUAAAUUAGCUCGAUAAAGAAAGACCUCUCUGCCCAUCGAUAGAUGAAAUCGGACUCCACAAAACUACCACCGCGCACUGAAUUGAAUUUCUUUAAUAUCACAACUCUAAGUUGGUUCAGAAUGAAUACGGGUCCGGCACUAAUAGUGCAUUGAUGGAAGUAGGAUAUUUGUCAUUUUUGAUGUUGUAUAUAACUCACUGUGUUUUAGAUGCAUUUUAUAUCUCAAUCAAUUUUUAUUAUUAUUCUGCAUUAGUGAGAAUAUUGACUGUUAAAAUGAUGUCUCAAAACAAAUUUUGCUUGGCAAUUAGUAGAGCUUGUAUAUUAUACAAGUACAAGUUUUUAUUUAAAUGUUAUUAAUCUAAGAGCUCGAAUUUAUUUAUAGUUAAUUAGACGUGAAUUAGAUAUAGUUUGUGUAUAGAUCUAAUGCUAUAAUGAAAAAUUCUUGCUGUUUCGUUUUAAAAACGGAUUAAAGGAUUCUAUGGGAAAUACUUAGUUAACUUAAUAAAAUGAUGGUAACAAUGUAAAUGUAAUUUUAUAGAACGAGAUUUUACUCUGUAAUAUCACCCUCCAUAUUAUCACAUCUGGUAAGGGUCAAAGCCGAAGUAAAUCGUGUUUUAGAACUUCAAUUUCAAUGUCAUAAAUCCGUAGAGCCUACAUCUAUUUUUAAAAGGAAAUAGUGAUAAUCUUAUUUUAGAUUAAGUUUUUAGUUAAGUAACACUUUUGGAUACAAUCUUAUUGUUGUAAAAAGAAAACACCAAUUAUAAAACGAUUUUUAUCGUAA